CUCUCUCUCUCUCUCUCUCUCUCUCUCUAACCCAACAAACACAAGAGAGAAGAGUCCUCAUUUUACACGCGUUCAUCUUUGUUUUCUUUCAUUCUAAUAAACGUCUGAUUGGGUUGAGCAUUUGAUUAACAAAAACUCUCUCUCUCUCUGUUCCGUCUCUUUGAAUUCUAUAGAGAGAGAGAGAGAGAGAGGGCGACUCUCUUUCUUCUCUCUGUUUCUCUCUACACAGAGAAAAGGUAAAAGGGUCUGAGGAUCAUAAUCCAGAAGAAAUUUUUUGUUGGGACAUUUUUUUUUGUUGGGAAUUUUGCGUAAAAAUUAAGAAAAUGUUUGGGUGUGAGUGUUGGUGUUGGAACAGUGAGCCAGAGUGCUAUCUUUACUCUGAGCCUGAGCCUUUCUCUCUGCCUUCACCACUUCCCUCAUGGCCUAAAGGCCAAGGUUUUGCUACUGGAAGAAUAUCUCUUGGGGGGAUUGAAGUUGAGAAAAUCACCAAGUUUGAGAGAGUUUGGAAUUGCGCACCUGUACGUGGAAAGUCAAAAGGGGUUUCAUUUUACAAGCCCGCCGAGAUUCCGGAGGGCUUUUCCUGCCUUGGCUACUACUGCCAGCGGAAUGACCAGCCAUUGAGAGGCUACGUUCUUGUGGCUCGUGAAGCCACUUCUCCAAAGCCAGAAGUUGGAUGUUUUGACAACCCGGCAUUGGAGUCUCCGGAGCUAAAAAAGCCCAUUAACUAUACUUUACUUUGGAGUUCAGACUCGUAUAGUGAUGGCUGUGGCUAUUUUUGGAUGCCAAAACCGCCAAGUGGUUACAGAGCGAUGGGUUUUGUUGUCACUAACACCCCUGAGGAGCCUAAAGUUGAUGAAGUUCGAUGUGUGCGAGAAGAUCUUACCGAGACCUGUGAAACAAGCGAUGCAAUUUUCUCCAUGGAUUCGAAACUUUCAAAGGACUCAUUUCGGGUAUGGACCACGGUACCUUGCGAGAGGGGGAUGUGGUGCAAAGGUGUUUCUGUUGGUACAUUCUUCUGCUCAAGGUACCUGAGUUCUGAGGACGAUCUAGAUAUCAGAUGCUUGAAGAAUGGAGAUCCCAACCUACAUGGAAUGCCAAAUCUAGACCAAGUUCAUGCACUUAUUCAGCAUUAUGGACCUACUUUGUUCUUUUAUCCUGAUGAAACUUAUUUGGCGUCCUCGGUUCAAUGGUUUUUCAAGAAUGGGGCGCUUCUGUACAGAGAAGGCUCUGAGAAGGGUGAGCCCAUUGAUUUUGGAGGCGCGAAUUUGCCUGCUGGAGGGGUGAAUGAUGGUGAGUGUUGGAUAGAUUUGCCAAGUGAUGAUGAUGCCAAAAAUUGUGUCAAGUGUGGUAAUAUGGAGAGUUCAGAGCUAUAUGUUCAUGUGAAACCAGCACUAGGAGGGACUUUUACUGAUAUAGCUAUGUGGGUGUUUUGCCCCUUCAAUGGACCAGCCACCAUUAGGGUUGGUGGUCUGCUGAACAUUGAAUUGAACAAGAUAGGGGAACACGUGGGUGAUUGGGAGCACUAUACCCUGCGUGUGAGCAACUUCACCGGAGAACUCUGGCAAAUCUACUUCUCGGAACACAGUGGUGGUAGAUGGUUAGAUGCUUCUGACUUGGAGUUCAUUCAAGGGAACAAGGCAGUUGUUUAUGCUUCAAGACAUGGUCAUGCUAGCUUCCCGCACCCUGGGACGUACAUUCAGGGGUCAACAAAGUUUGGAAUUGGGGCAAGAAACGAUGUUGCUCGAAGUGACAACUUCAUUGAUUCAAGUACCAAGUAUCAGAUUGUUGCAGCGGAGUAUCUUGGCGACGGAAUUGUUACAGAACCAUGUUGGCUGCAGUAUAUGAGAGAGUGGGGUCCAACAAUAGUGUACGACUCCCGAUCCGAACUGGACAAGUUGCUUGAUCUUCUUCCAUUCUACUUCCGAUUUUCGGUAGAGAACAUAUUCGAUUUGUUUCCAACUGAGCUAUAUGGUGAGGAAGGACCAACUGGACCAAAGGAGAAGGAUAAUUGGGAAGGUGAUGAAAGAUGAUAGCUUUAUCAUACCAAAAUUCCACUUGACCGUUGAGUCCCUUCUUUCAGUGAGAGUAGCCAUGUUGUAAGAGUGGUUAGCUUAGUUAUCAUAGCUGCCAGGUUAUCACACAGUCACCGAGGCAAAACUGCGUUGUGCAAGCUGCUACGUAUAUUCCGCAAAUUCUACAAAUCUCAAUGCAAACAGAUUGAAAAUUUGUGUAUAAAUCUAUGAGGUGGUGAACAUCCAUGCCGCCAGAGGAGGCUUUUCGGAAGUAGAAUGUGUGACCAAUGUGGUCUCGCGAUGAAGACAUGAAUGAGGAAGGGGAUAGUAAAGUUGCUCUGAAUUUGGAGUUGUUAUAUGUAGGUGGUACAAGGAGUUGCCAUCUCCUGACGCAUGGAAAUACACCAUUGUCAGCAAAAAUUGCCUGGCCAUUAAACAGACAAUGAAAUUGCUUCCUUCUCUCUUUAUCAAAUUAUCGAUUGCUAUUGUACUUGUCCAGUCUAUGGAGUGAUUGGCUUGUUGUAUGUAAUGAACUAUUUGUUCAGCAUUCCAAAAAGAGAGUACGAUCUAAAUUAUACA